AUGCACUGGCCAAAUUCACGCAUUUUCUACGACAUUCUGACCCAGUCUGCUUCACCCGGGUUCGAGAUUCAUGCACGGGCUCUCCUCGAGGAAGCAGAACACCAACUAUCCUUGACAAAUGCGCAGCCCGAUCCUCUAGGUCAUGGUCACGGGCAAACCCACCAGCAACUCGUAGCUCGGAUUGCUGCUCUCAAAUACGCGCUUUCUCCCGUCCGGAGACUACCCGCAGACAUUCUUCUAGAAAUCUUUCAGAGAGUGGUACCCUUAAAUAACUCUCCCAGAUUUCCCUACUGGUUUUCGUCUCCGAAUACGCACUUUGACUGCGUCUUGCGGCUGGGCUCUGUCUGCUCAUACUGGCGGCAGCUCAUCAUAACCGCGCCGCGUCUAUGGCCCACAAGUAUGAGCCUCAAUGGAUACAAACCCUCUUCAUAUGUGGAUAUCACUCGGCGUUUACUCCAGCACUCAAACCCACACCCUGUUGACAUCACCAUCGUAGGCUGUGCCUUGCGUUUGUCUGCGUCGUUGCAAUCACAUGUCACAUUCACCGCCAUAAGCAUGGCUCAUCGUUGGCGGCGGAUCUCUGUGGAGUGCGAUAUUGUUCCUUUCCUCAAGGCUGUCCCAUCAUCAGGACCACUCUAUCACUUGACUGAAAUUGACCUCAAAGGCUUGCGAUGGAACGAAAACGACAAGCCGUCGGCUUUCUUCCUGAAUGCCCCCUUGUUAACCCACGUGAAGCUGGAGACGUCCCAUCCCGUCAAGUUGCUGCUACCUUGGUCUCAGCUCACCAAACUCGAAUUGGAGACUGUCGUUGGGUCUUCGGGGUUCCUGACGAUUCUGGAGCAAUGCAUUUCCAUGGCUGACCUUGGGUUGGAGGAUAUUAUCUGCGAAGAAGUCGGUGUCUCCUAUGCGUCUCUCCAGCAGCCCGAUAUGUCUCUGCUUGACAUCGUUUCCCUGCCGCAUCUGCGCGACUUGAAGGUCAACAUGUUUGAUUAUGGAACAUUCGAGCCUUUUUUUUGCCAUUUCAGAUUUCCUUCUUUACGAAAAGUUGUCAUCCAGGCUAUGGCAGGAAUGGGACCUGACUUCGAUGUAUCCUUUCUGUCGUUUCUCCAACGAUGUUUUGCUCUCGAGCACCUCGAAAUUUUUGGCUGUGACCUUAACAGCACAUUACUGGGCGAAAUUCUCCUCUGCAUUCCCUCGCUCACCUACCUCAAUCUCCACUGCUGUUUCUACGGUGUAGACGACACCUUCUUUGAGCGGCUAACAUACCGCGCUACGGACCUCAACCCGCCAGCACCCUGCCUUCAACGACUUCGUCUUGAAAGCGUUGGGCCUGGGGAUCAUUUUAGCGAAGAUGUAAUCCUAGCUAUGGUCCGCUCGCGCUGGUGGACAAAGGAUACUUUCCAAGCACUACCAUUUCCGCCACACGUCGCACGUUGGCAGUACAUACAUAUUUCGGCUGACGACUCGGGCCUCAAGGCGCCGCUUUCAGACGAGUUCAAGACCAUAGUGGCGGAAUUUCGCGCUGAAGGACUGACGUGUGAAGUCUUCCGCGCCCGGCAGUAG